AAAAAGAAUUCUAGAAAUUGGUAAUAAUAACAUAGGGCGGUAGAUAGAUGCAAAACAACCAAACCAAGCUUUCUCAUUCUGUCUGAGUUCCGAGUUAACUCAGUUACAGACCAAAAUGAGUCAGGAAUCGUUCAUAUACAGCUUUGUAGCUCGUGGAACAAUGGUGUUAGCUGAGUACACCGAGUUCACUGGAAACUUCCCUGCCAUUGCAGCUCAGUGUCUUCAAAAACUACCUUCUUCAAAUAACAAGUUCACUUACAACUGUGACCAUCACACUUUCAAUUUUCUUGUUGAAGAUGGUUAUGCUUACUGUGUUGUUGCCAAAGAUUCUGUUAGCAAGCAGAUCUCUAUUGCAUUCCUUGAACGUGUAAAAGCCGACUUUAAGAAGAGAUAUGGUGGUGGAAAAGCAGAUACAGCUAUUGCCAAAAGUCUGAACAAGGAGUUCGGACCGAUUAUGAAAGAGCACAUGAAGUAUAUCAUUGAUCACGCUGAAGAGAUUGAAAAGCUAUUAAAAGUGAAGGCUCAAGUUUCAGAAGUUAAAAGCAUCAUGUUAGAAAAUAUAGACAAGGCUAUUGAUAGAGGAGAAAAUUUAACUGUUCUUUCAGACAAGACUGAGACAUUGCGCGCACAGGCUCAAGAUUUCAGAAAGCAAGGAACACAAGUCCGUCGGAAGAUGUGGUAUCAGAACAUGAAAAUUAAAUUGGUUGUUCUCGGAAUUCUCUUGUUUUUAGUCCUGGUUAUCUGGCUCUCUAUUUGUGGUGGAUUUAACUGUUCAAAUUAGCGAUCAUUGAAAGAUUACAAAUCAGGUUUUUCUUUUAAGAGUUUUAUAAUAACUAUAGAUUGACGGUAUAAAAAAGUUUUGCUAAGACCUCUUAUCAUAUUUUACCAUUUUACUACGCCAUAAUAUCACUUCAUAAGUUAUUGAUCGUGCGAAGAUGGUGAAAAUAUGAUUGGACGUUUAUGUAAAUUUUUUGUAUACCGCCAGUAUAUAGUUAUUGUUUUUAUUUAUAAAUGAUGUUUAAAUGUGCAACUUAGAAGAAAAUCAACCCAGGAGGGGCAAUAUGUCAAUAGGAAAAAUUUCCUACAUUGUUGCUGGUGGAUAAAGAUAUGAAUGUUACUAGAAAUUGUUGAAUAGAGGGAAAAUGUAUAUCAGUGUAUCCUGUGAUGGACUGUUUGACUUUGAUC